GUGGGUGGAUAAUUGAGAUUUGAGAGGGAGAUAUUGGAUGAUGUGAAGAUUGCAUAAACUGAAACCAACUCAGUCUUCUUCUCCCGGCAACCGACGCUUCUUCACCGGUAGCGACAUUGUACGUUUUUGCUUAGGAUUUUGAGGGAUGGUGUUAGUUCAAAAUUAUAUCACUCCGUGUCAGGCGUACUUGCCAAAUGCAUCUUCAUCUCAGGUGGAUGUGAUGCAUCAACUGGGGUGGUUUAGGAGUGGUCACAACCGUAGGGCUCCUGGAUGUGUUAUCAGGUCAGAGAAUGUGACUGAAACUUCCACUUCCUCUUGCCAAGAUAGACUUGGGAGGCGUCAAUUUCUUGCCGUGGGACCAACAAUUGUCCCGUUGCUGCUGAUGACUUCUCAGAUACCAACAUCAUUUGCUGCAGGAAAUAAGAAGGGAUUUCUGCCUGUCACAGACAAGAAGGAUGGAUACUCUUUCCUCUAUCCUUUUGGGUGGCAGGAAGUCGUUGUUGAAGGUGAAGAUAAAGUUUUCAAAGAUGUUAUUGAACCACUAGAAAGUGCUAGUGUAAAUUUGGUACCAAGCAGUAAAGAGGACAUACGGGAUUUUGGUUCGCCACAACAGGUUGCUGAAACUUUAAUAAAAAAGUUUUUAGCAUCGCCUUCUCAGAAAACAAAACUAAUUGAAUCAUCAGAGCGCGUCGUUGAUGGAAAAACAUAUUACACGUUCGAGUUUGUUGCACAAGCCCCAAAUUAUACUCGGCAUGCCCUCACUGUAGUCUGCAUUGGCAAUGGAAAGUUCUAUACAUUGACAACUGGUGCAAAUGAGAGGAGAUGGGGGAAGAUGAAGGAUAGACUACAGACUGUGGUUGAUUCCUUCCAAAUUUUCAAUGUUUAGUAUUAACUUCAGUAACACUUGCUUUUUUGUUGUUAAAAUCCCAGUUUUCAUCUUUAAAUAACUGCGAUCAGAGGUUGUAUAAUUAAUGUAGAUAUGAGUGUCGUGCCUAUUCUCACCCAUUGCUUGUCAAAAUAACAUUACUGAUUUUAUGGCCGCAGCCUUUAUAGAAUACUCAUUGUUCUAUUUCAAUA